CUAAAUAAACAGACCCAUUAUUAUUUCAGUGGGUUCUCUAGGUUAGGUUAGGUUAGGUUAGGCUAGGACAAGGUUAAGUCGCGCUCAUCGAUAAUCGACAAAUUAUUCGUGCGAUCUCAAGAACACUCGGCUUGAUGAACGGCGAGGCCACGGCGUAAAGAUUAGUCUCGGCCAGUCUCGGCGUUUGUAUGCGGGCGCAGUGCCUUGACGAGAGGCGAGUAGCUUUCAGGACUGACGACGCAAUUUCGGGCAUCAGAUUGACAUAACUUCGUCGUCGUCGUGCUCGAACGAAGACAUCAUUCGGAGAAAAAUGUCAAAAAUCGAGGAGGCGAACGAACACAUACGUCAGGCUGAAAAAGCCUUGAAACUUACUUUCUUGAAGUGGCGGCCCGAUUACGAGGUAGCGGCUGACGAGUACUCACACGCAGCAACAUGCUUUCGAAUAGCCAAGUCAUAUGCCCAGUGUAAAGAUUGUUUAGUAAAGGCAGCCGACUGUUACAAGCAAACCAAAGCAUGGUUCCAUGCAGCAAAGAGCAUCGAGCAAGCUCUGGUCAUUUGCAAGGAAAUGGGUGAUUUGUCAGAGAUAUCAAAACUAGCUCACAGUGCCUGUAGCCUUUUCCAGCAGCACGGCUCUCCUGAAUCAGGCGUAACUGCUCUCGACAAGGCAGCCAAGAUGCUGGAAGCUACACAGCCACAGCAAGCUCUGGAGCUGUUUAAACGUGCAGCUGAUAUAAUCAUGGUAGGCCCUGCCGUUUUAUGUCAUAAGUCAAAACAAAUUAUUACAAAAAUUUAAUUUGAAGAGAGAAAA